AUGAGUGAAUUUCACAUACCGCCAGCUCUAGCGGAUCAUCAGUUAACUGCUUGCCCGAACCCACGCGAUGAUCCUCCGAAAUGCGCUCUCAUUGUUCUCAAAACCACCCAGUCAACUACAAGGGCUGCUCAAUUUAUAAAGAACUCCAACAUCGUAAGAUAUUCAGCACACCAAGUAAUCGAAUACAUAAUAAUUUUAAUACCCAAACCACUAAUGUACAAAGUAGCCAUCCACCUGAUCGCACUUUUCCUAAUCAACUCUCUCCUCAAACGCAAACUUACGCUCAGGCACAUCCAAAAUACCAGCUAA